CAUGCGUAUAAAGGCGCCUCUCUCCACGCUUUCACUCCACUCUCAGCUCGGCACUGCUCCGCCGAGAGGAGCACAACGCUGAACAGAAGGGAGAGGGAGCGGGGGGGCGGGAGAAAAAAGACCAAAAGAGAUCCCUGUGUCAUUUACAGUGAAAUACAUUUCUUUACCCCAACGUGCUUUUCCUCCUCCUUCAUCUCCUUAAGAGUCUCUGCUCUGCUUGGACGGUGGCUGCAUCGAUGCAAAAUGGGUUGUGGCAAUUCCUCAGCCACCAACACCUCAGGAGACGGGCCAGAAGACGUCUCCAAAGAUGUGACAGAAGAUCACUCGCCGGACGAUGAGAAAAGAAGGAACUAUGGGGGCGUAUAUGUGGGUCUACCAGCAGACAUGACCGCUGUGGCUGCCAGUCAGUCCAAGUCCACAUGCAAAGGUAAACGUCGCUAACGCUGAACUGUGCAUAUGACCUUCUGGAUGAUCGAGGAGCAUCUUGUUGUGAAGCAGCCAAGGGCGUUGAGAGAAAUAAUCCCAAUUGGCUGAGCUGCCACCCCAUGAAACCAUGUGCCUGCUCGCCUGCCUACAGCAUUGUGGCUUGUAUUUGACCUUUACUUUUAGUGAAUAUUAACAAGAAAUAUCCCAUUUACUGUUACAGUUACUCAUAGCUGUGAAGAUGAAUGUGGUUCACAGCAUGUGUUUCAACCAUGGCAGCACAAGUAUCUUCUUUUUUUCUCACUUUGUGAUAUGUCAUAUCCAUUUAGUGCACUAAAAUCUGCACAACCCAUGUAAUCAAUUCGCACGCAAUCGUAAACCAAGAUGAUCUGUUAUGAUGAGGCACACAGGAGGAGUUAACCUUGACUUAUGUCACGUAUGUUCCGUCGAUUUAUUCAUUACGUGACCUCCGCACCACAAGAAGCACUGUGUAGGAUAAAGCGUUAUCCAGCGAUGACGUUGCAGAUUGCAACCAACUGAAAACCCUUCCGCUCAAAGCAGGAGGGAGACCGGCAGCCGCUGGGUGGUUUGUCUGUACUGGGCUGCUGUGAAAAUAGGACGGUGCCACGUGGCUCGGAGAAGAUGACAGACUCUAAAUGCAAAAUGAUUAUACACCAAUAAAAACAUUGUGUUCAAUGUGAGCCUCACUACUAUUUCCAUUCGGGAGCCUUACUCAAUCUCACACAGUGUGCGCUGGAAUUGAUUUGAUUGACCACUGUUUGUGUAACCACCUGUCUGGAACUACAAAUACCCCGGCACUGAUUCUGUUUACCCCCCCUAUUGCAGAUUAGCAGCUACUGAAAGAAACACAACAGAGGUACUUAUAAAAAAACACAUGACCGUCCAACUGUUCACAUCACCUGCUCUUCUGUAUUUCCUUUCUGGCAGUUGCGACGAAGACUCGCAUGAAGAGCCGAUGACUCUGUCCUUUGUCUCAACAGGAUCCUACCUAUUUGUUCACUUAGAAGCACUCACAUUACAGGCAGCGAGCAUGUAAGUGCUCCUAUUUCUGGCUCACCACACGCUUAAUAAAGUCACUUCUACGCUGUCAGGGAGCGAGGUGUCCACACACCUUCCCAUGGGGGAGGGGGUCUGAAGAUGCCGCUUCAUGGAGUCAUGGGUGGCACAGUGAUCCAUCAUCAACCUUCACUCUUCAAAAAAAGAAGCAGAUUGCAUCGGAGCCACCCUGGGACUGGCGGCUGGAGGCAGAGACGGGCGAUGUGACAGCCAUCUUGGCUCUGUGGUUCUCUUUCUCCAUCAGGUGGACACAGGGGACCCAGGCAACUGAAUAACUUAAUGUCUGGGGGACACGAAAAUGACCAAUAGCCCUCUGCAAUAAUAGUCAGUUUAUUCUAUUAGAAGACAUAAAGGAUCAAUGGGGGGGUCUGAGUUUUGCAUAAAGUGGCUGAAAACAGAAUUGAUUGCAACCAGUGACCUGCUGCAACCAAACAGAUGGAAAUUACACAGAUUUAUAAUGAUGGAUCUGAAUGCUAAUUACAAUAAUCAUUUUUUGUUGAGUGCGUUGGUUGACAUUGUUUUUUUUUUAUUACAAUCUCAAUUACAAUUUCAUACACUGUGUAUCACACUUUAUUGUGAAUGUUGUUCUUCUGUAAAUAUUACUUUAACCAUAAAGCUGAUGCUCUUCUUUUUGACAAACAAUCCUGUGACCUUUAGUGGCGUAUGAAGAUGUCAAGAGUGAAACGGUGUUCACAUAAUGUGCACGCGUGUGUAGCCUUCACUGACCAGUUGCAUUAAAACAAGGAGUUAUUUCAUUAUGCCUGAACACAAGCUUACUGUUUACUGGUUGUGUCUGUUUUCUCCAGAAUGACGCCCACAAGCUGCCGAGCUGUGACGCCAGCUAUCAGCCACUUUGACACGAUGGGAUGUCAUGUGGCAGCAGUUACACUGUUCUGGCAGAAUACGCUGCAGACACAAAGAGAUGCUCAAUGCACUGUGUAGUUUACAGAAUAUUAGAAGGAAGAGCUGCAGCGUCCACAGCGCCACAGCACCGAGUGAUCCAGAAGCCCGCCAAGGACAUUAUAUUUUUGGGUGUCCUUUCUCCUAGAUGUCCAUAUUUCUCCCCUCAGUUUCCCUGCCGCAGUCCCUACUAGAGGUCUUUGGCUUUUAGAGUGUUUCUUUCAGCCUGUCUCUCCCUCUUUUAUCAGCCCUUCUUUGCCCUUUAUGGUUGUUCCUCCUGUAUGUGAUGGAUGUCAUUGCUUUUGACCUAUUCAAUUGAUCUAAGAGGAAGAAGGAGGCAGAAUCUGGUCAGAAGCGAAGCUCUCUACAUAAGAUAAAAAGUUGUUUUUUGAAUGUUGUAGUGGUUGGGUGGGCUUAGGGACGUAGUUAGAACCGUAGCAUACUUUAUAAAGGAGUAAGUAGACAUUUUGGAGUAUUUGUUUUUGCUUUCUUACUGACAAUAAAUGAGAAGAUCGGCAUUGCAUGUCUGUGGUUUUACUCAUCAAAUUUGUGGAAAGAAGACAAAUAUUUCUCCAACUAGUCAUAAGAUCCUUCAGUUCUUGUGGCAAAUGAAGCCUGGAAAAGAAAAGAAUGGAGGUCAAAGCAUCCGUGAAUUUCUUUCACACAGUGGAUUCAUCCUGAGUGGUUAUUAACAACUCGCCUGUGUCUCUUUAUGCUUUAGGCUUGUGAUGGCUGUGAUGUCAUGAUUAUGAGAGGUAAUGACUGAGGUGAUCCAGUUUGUUUGGUAAAGCUUUUUUUCUGUCUCACAUUUUCUGUGUGUUUUUUAUCCAACAACAUCUCAUCGCUAAUGCACAAAUGAGCUGCUCCUCGGUGGUGUAAAUGCACUACUAACACCGAGUCAUAUCGCCUAAUACAGCAAUCGUGCUGAGAUGACUCUGUGAAACUCAUGCAUGAUCAUCUGAUUAAAUUAUUUAUGAUUAAAAACUUUUAUAUUGUCCAUGCACAGCUGUGGUUAUUGAUUGUGGUCCUUGUUGAAAUCAAUGUGCCUUUUGUAAUGAAUGAGCUUGUGACUUGAGUGACUACAUGUGUUCCUAGUUCCCAUAGACAGACUACCGGACACAAUCCAAUGGGGAUUUCUGAACGGGACCAUUGUUGUUAUCGACCCAAUGGAUUUUUGUGUGGCUGCAACACGAUCAAUCACAGCUCCAUCUCGGUAAUUGACAGAGUCGGGGGUCUCCAGAGGAGGAAGGCUGGUGGGCUGGUGGUGAAUCCUGUCCUCUCUCUGAGUGCACAGCAGCCGACUGAACCCAUCCAGGGACCGUGCAUCAUGCUUUGCAGUAAUGAAGGCCAAGCUGCUCAUGUCAUGCUGAGCGAGAUGUUUCCUAGCUUUGCUAAUGAGUCCCCAAAGGACAGAGGACGGUCGAGAAAUGACUUCUAUCACAUAAAUACAUCAAUACAAAGCUGGAUGGUAUUCCAACAUUAAUCUGUGUGAGAUGUGUUGUUGUCUCAAAUGUAAUUUGAUCAUUUCAUGUGUUCAGAGAUUUUGAUUGCGUUUCGAUGUGCUCUGUAGCGGUGCCGUGAUGUUGGGUGGAGUUUUGUACGUGUAUUUAUGGUUACUUUGUUUUAUCCAGUAUUUUGAUUGUGCAUUGUUAGUUCAUUUGUUUUCUCUCCAGACGAGUUGCUGUUUAGUUGUUUCUGUUCUUUUGCUUCGUAAACCGACUGGAGUGGGUCCUACUCUGGGGUCCUCAAUGCCAGUACAGGUGGGCUGGUCAUCGGUCUGUAGGUCGUGGUCCACUAGGUGGAGGGCUUCCUCAUUCAUAGUUUAUUUGGCAUGUUUUAUAUUUGUGUGUUUUGCUUUGCUUUCCGGUCCCUGGUGGUGGCCCCCUUCCCCCUCCCCCCUUCCCCCUUCACUCCCCCACCCCUUUAGACCUCCCUGAUAGUCACCUUGUGCUGGUAAACCACCUCAGUGUAGCGACAUCAAUUUUUAGCAUAGAUAUUUUUUGUAAUAAAAGCCUUAUUUUAAAAUCAAGACUGUUAACAGACAUGAAGCCUAUCCAUAAAUAAAACUGGACACUGUUCAAAAGAAACUAGAAAUUCACCUCUCUGCUCCCUUUCUUAAAAUAAAUGAGAAGCUAAUAUUUCUGUGUGGUAUUCUCUGGGUUAGAGUCCCAGAGUGGCGUUGUCUCAUUGCGGCCAGGCGCCUCAGUUCAGAGUUCAGGGUGGUUAUUACGUUCCUUUUAAUUAACCGUAAAGACAAUCCUUCCAACAACAAAGUUAUUUAAUAGCACAAUCCCAACCACGCCGCCAGCCAUCAUUUGUUUUCCUACCCUUAACCGUACCGUCUUCUCAGAUAUGUAUUUUACUGGCAUUGGCAACAUCGCCAUUGAUCGUACAUUCAUAUAAAAGAACAAAACAGCUCCGUAAAGAACUGGGACAUCUGAAGUGAAUAACCAAAUGUUUGGUUGAUGCUCAUGUUUUUUGUUUGUUUUAAUUUGCAAUUGACAUGAAGACUUACUGUGUAAUUUCCGGUUUGGAGUAACUAUCGGCUGUGUUUAAAAUGUUUCUAACAUACAUGUGUCCUUCAAUGAUAAAUCUGGUUGUUCCAUUUCAAUAGUAACAUUUUUUUAAAUAAAAUAUUUAUUGUCUUA